AUGCUUGCGCGAGAGUCGACAACGAGUUCAGCAACAACGAAUGGAUCUUCAACAUCAAAACCAGUUCGACGUUUUCAUCAACGUGCAUUAAUUUGGGACUUGGAAGAGACACGUGCUUUAUUAGAUUUACUUAAAGAUGAACGAAUAUUUAAAGCUAUUGAAAGUGUUCGAACACGUGAAAUCUAUCAUGAAAUUGCUGAACGUCUUAAACAAGCUGGUUUUAAUCGUGAUUGGAAUCAAAUACGUGGCCGUGUCAAAAAUUUAAAAUUUUCAUAUAAAAAAGCUCGUGCUCAACACGAAGAACAAGGACAAUCAACAUUAACUUGUCGUUUCUAUGAUGAUCUUCAUUAUUUAUUUGGUCAUAAAUAUAAAAGACAACGAAGUAAAAAACGUUCACUACAACAACAACAACAAUAUCAGCACAAAUUACAAACUAAUUUAAAAACAGAGAAUGAAGAAGGAGAAAUUGUUUCGAAUAUAAAUAAUAAUGAUCCCGAUGAUAUUACUGAUGAUGAUGAAGAGUCGAUGAAUGACGAUGAUGAACAACAAAAUUAUCUUGAUGAUGUUUCACCUGAUUAUAUUCAACGACCAGAAGAUCCAUAUCCAAUACUUCAAUCAACUCGAACAAAUUCAAAUAUAAUUUCAAAUGAAGAUACAAAUCAUACAACAAUUGAAACAAAUGAAGAACAAGAACAAUUAACAACAGAUGAAAUGGAUGUUUAUAUUAAAUCUAUGUCACCAUAUAAACAUCAAGCUUAUCUUAUUGAUGAUGUUCUUCAAUCAAUUUUUAAUAAAUUUCUUCUUGCACAACAACAAUCUGAACAACGUUUUAUAUCAUUUAUUAAUGAACAAAGACGUAAUGAUCAAGAACGUGAAGAAAGAAUUCAUCGAGAACAACGACAACAUCAAUUAGAACUUAUACAACUUAUUAUCAAUCAAGGUCGUUCUCAUACAACAGGUGAAGAAGGUAUUUAUCCAUUAAAAAAUUUAAGAAAAACAUCUGAAACAGAUGCAUGGACUUUACAAAAAUCAGCAUCAUUAAUAAAUGAAAAUUCUUCAACAAAUCCAAUGGAUCUUUCAGAAAUUAAUACGUCAUCGUCAAAUGAUGAAAAAACUUCUAAUAAAUUAACUGAAGUUCGAAAUUUUACAAGAAAACCAAAUAUAAUACCACGAUUACAUACUACAAAUAGUCGAUUAGAUGUAUUAUCACCAACAUCAAAUCCAGGUUUAAUUCGUCUAUUUUGUAUUCGUCAUGGUGAACGAGUUGAUUUUGCAUUUGGUCCAUCUUGGCCCGAAUUAGCAUUUGAUAAAGCUGGAAAUUAUCAUCGAAUAAAUUUAAAUAUGCCAUUAUCUUUACCACGUCGUCGUAAUCCAUUUCGUGAUUUUAUUGCUGAUUCUCCUAUUACUGAAAUUGGUACAAGUCAAGCUCGAUUAACUGGUGAAGCAUUAGCUGCAAAUGAUUCUCUUGCACAAUAUUGUUAUUCAUCACCAUCACUUCGAUGUAUUCAAACAGCACAUUAUAUUCUUCAAGGUAUGGGAGUUGAAGAUCGAGUAAAAAUUCGUGUUGAACCUGGUUUAUUUGAAUUUUUGGGUUGGUAUGAGCGUGGUUUGCCAUCAUUUUUUAAUCCAUCUGAUAUGAGUAUUAAUGACGAAGAAGAAAGCAAUUUAUUUAACAUUGAUAAAAAUUAUCGACCAAUUAUUUCAUUAGAAAAAUUAUCUCGAGAUGAAAAAUAUACUGAUUAUUAUAAUCGGUCAUUUAAAGUUACACAACAAAUAACUGAUAAACAUAAAUUGACUGGUGCUAAUAUAUUUUUUGUUGGUCAUGCCGCAACACUGGAAGUUUGCACACGUCAAUUAUGUUCAUUUCCACCUCGUUCUUAUUCAGAUUUUAAUAGUGUUAUUAGAAAAGUUUCGUAUUUAGGUUUACAACUAUGUGAAAGAAAUCCAUCCGAUGGACAAUGGACAUUGAAAACACCACCUAUACCGUCAUUACAACAUGCAAAUAACGUUUCAUAUGAUUGGCAAACAAUGAAAUAA